AUGGCUACCUCAACUGUGGUUCUGGUUACCGGUGUCAAUAAAGGUAUCGGCAGGGGACUUGUCGAGCAGUACCUCUCCCGGCCAAAUCACACCGUCAUCGGCAGUGUCCGGGACAGCAAGGCCCCGGCGGCACAGGAGCUCAAGAGCCUGCCCACAGCCGAGGGCUCCCAGCUUAUCCUCGUCAGCAUCGAGAGCACUUCACCUACCGACCCACAGCAGGCGGUCAAGGACAUCGAGGCGGCCGGCAUCAACCACGUGGAUGUCGUGAUUGCCAAUGCCGGCUUCUCGCCCGCACCUGCCCCCCCCGAUGUUGUCAACAUCCAGGAUCUGAUCGACUCCCUCCAGGUCAACACCGUUGCUCCUGUUCGGCUCUUCCAGGCCGUCAAGCCUCUGCUCGAAAAGUCCAGCUCGCCCAAGUGGGUGUCCGUAUCGAGUGCCGCUGCCUCUAUUACCAAUCUUGAGGUCCACAAGGCUGCGUUCGUCAGCGCCUAUGGUAUUGCCAAGGCCGGUCAAGACUGGUUCACUGUGUGA